AUGCAACUCUCCAUCGUCCUCCUGCCUUUGCUGGCACUUUUCGCCGCAGCUUCUGCCGACCUCGAUAAACGCCAGGGAUGCCAUGAUACAUGUGCUACAGCUCGGGAAGGCGAUGAGUGCUAUGUCACAUGCGGCUCUCACACUGGUGGUCCUUAUAAGUGUGUUUUCACACAAGGUUCGCUCCAGUGCCUUCAAUAG